AUGGUAUCCAACAGCUUCCCAGUUGCUGAACACAGCGUCAUGAUGGUUUCAGAGGAAGUAAGUGCAAUAAUCCAAGGCGAAACUCCGAUCAAGAGAUCUGAUUCGGGCAGUUUUGUUCUAGAUUGCAACAUACGAGACAAGAGUUUUCCUCGAUCCCUUUGUGACCUAAGAUCCAGCGUAAAUCUCAUGCCGCACUCUAUCGCGAUAUCCCUGGGAUACGACGAGUUCAAACCCACCGAAAUAACUUUGGUCCUUGCUGAUAGAUCCGUCAGAGUACCUGAGGGAGUACUAGAUGACGUGCCGAUAAGAAUUAACGACUGUCAAGUACCAACAGAUUUCGUUGUGUUGAAAUACCAGAAUGAACCAAAAGAUCCCCUCAUCUUAGGUAGACCAUUUCUAGCUACCGCUGGUGCAAUCAUCGACAUUAAGGAAGGUCGGAUAUGUUUAAACUUUGGAAACAUUCCAAUGACCUUCGAUAUGGAAAAACUGAUAAAACGACCCUUAAUCGAUAAACAAGCCUCUUACGUGGACGAUAUCUCUGAGUUGGCUGAAGAAUCCUUCAUAGACCAAUGCUCAGAUGAUCCCCUGAAAAAAGUGCUCACAUCUACCGAAGGGGAAACAUUUAGCAUCGACAUCAUAGCUGAUGAAUACACGUGA